UUGAGGUGUUCUAAACAUUUGCAUCUGCAUUCUGCAUUAAUAAACUAUACCAUCAUGUCCUACAACGAUUCAUAUGGCAGCGGCGGAGGCGGUAGCUAUGGUGGAGAUCGAAGGGAAGAACAUGGCAGUGGACGCCAGGGUGGAGGCUAUGGCGAUGAUCGCAGGGACGAAUACGGUAGCGGACGCCAGGGUGGUAGUGGUAGCGGUUAUGGUGAGGAUCGUAGGGAAGAGCAUGGCGGAAGACAUCAAGGCGGCGGUUACGGCGACGAGCGUCGAGAGGAAUAUGGCGGAGGACAUCAAAGCGGGGGUGGUUUUGGGGACAGACGUGACGACCGUCCCAGCGAUAACUAUGGGGGAGGCCAAGGUGGCGGCUACAACGAUCGUCCCAGUGGUGGCCACAAUGACCGCCCUUCCGGUGGAAGUGGAUACAACGACAGACCAUCUGGAGGAAGCGGGUAUAAUGACAGACCAUCUGGAGGAAGUGAAUAUAAUGACCGCCCCUCCGGUGGAAGUGGAUACAACGACAGGCCAUCUGGAGGAAGUGGAUACAACGAUAGGCCGUCCGGAGGCUACAAUGACCGCCCUGGCGACAACUACUCAGGCGGGGGCUCAGGCGGUGGAUACAAUGACCGGCCCUCAGGCGGCUAUGGUGGAGAACACACCAGUCAACAUUCAACGGGCACUUCCUAUGGAGGAGGCGGCCAUGGUGGCUCGAAUGAUUUCUCAGGAGCGGCUCAGCAUGCUUCAUCUAACGCCGGGGACUCCGCGGACUCCAGCCUUUUCGGUACCGCGCUUGGUCUGCUCACGGGCAAGCAGAGCAAGCUUGAGAAGGAGGAUGUUGACGAGGAUGAUGCUGUUCAGCAGCAUCAGAAAUUUUAUGGCAAUGGUGGAGGAAACCAACAGGCCAGCUCGAACAACAUCGGCGCUGCUGCCGCUAUGGAAGCCAUGAAGCUAUUCACCAAUGGCAAGGGUGAUGAAGGAAAGGGUGGGAAGAACGAGUUCAUUGGUGCUGCAAUGGGCCACGCAGCGAAGCUGUUUGAUCAGCAGAGUAGCCAAGGAAAUCUGGAAUCCGGAGCUUCUAAGCAGGAUGCUAUCUCUUCUGCAGCUCAAAUGGCUCUGAAGCUAUUCCUCAAGUCCGAACUUGGUGGAGGUGGAGGUGCCUCAGGAGGAAGUGGAGGCGCCAGCAGUCUCCUGAACUUGGCUGGAAAAUUUCUGUCAAAGUAAAGAAGCAGUGCUUCUCUCUUCUAAUCACGGCUGAUUCAUGAUAAUCAUUAUAUGAUGUGACUCUUCCAGCGCAAACUCGAUAUUGGGAAAAUGUGUCUUUCAAUCAUAUGUGAGAUAUGCUACAUAGUUGACAAGUACGAAGACGAAGAUACAAGAUCGUAAGGUCCAUGUGAUAUCAGAUCAAUUCAAUCAUGCCUCCGUAUCAGUUGCUGAGGCUACUAGAGAUGUACUGUGUAAUGCCCUCUGAAUAACCAAAGAGAACAGCUUCAUCACCAAGAAACUGUCCCUUCUUCAUGUCACGUUGUAG